AUGAAUUAUUCAAUGAAAGGAUUGUUUUUAAAUGGGAUUUCAGACGUCUCGCAAAUACUUCAUAAGUUAACAAACAAUGGAUACGAUAAGAAUAUACGACCCAAUUAUGGAGUGUUGCCAAGCGGAGCGCCUGUAGGCGUAAACAUAACAAUGUAUAUAAACGAUAUAAGCGCCGUGUCUGAAGUGAUGAUGGAUUACACUCUAGACUUCUAUAUCCGUCAGCUCUGGACCGAUGAGAGGCUUACAUACAACUCGACGACUGUAUCGCAGCUAAUACUGGGGGCAGAGUUCGCCAAAAAGAUAUGGAUUCCCGACACCUUCUUUAUUAAUGGCAAACAGGUCUCCCUUCACAUCUCCACCACCACCGACUCCAAAACAUGA